AUGGCCCAUCACAGCAUAAACCCGCUUCCAAGGUACAAGGAUACUACCCUAGAAAACACCAAUGAGCUCACAUAUCUCGGAAUGACGUUUGACACAAAGCUAACGUGGAAAAGUCACAUUGCUAAAAUAGCAGAACGCGUCUCCAAUAGACUGAAUGUCCUGAAGCGUCUUGCUGGUAGUGUAUGGGGCUGUGCGCGCUCAACUCUAAACACCACUUACAAGAUGUUUAUUCAGCUAAUAAUGUUGUAUUGCUGUGAGCCACUCAUUACAGCCACAGAGGUGACUCUCAAACCACUCGAGAAGGCAUACAACCUAGCAUUACGACUAAUUACUGGAGGAAGCACCACAAUAGGUUCCCUUAUCAAAGAAAAGGCCUUGAUCCUGAAAUCAAACACCCCUCCAGAGCAAAUGCGCUCACUGGCCCUUGAGACAAUCAAUGCCAACUAUCCUGCAGAUCAAUGGCUCCAAGUCUUCACUGAUGGGUCAUAUAUAGAAAGCCAAGCAAACGUUGGUGCAGGUGUCUAUUCUGAACUCUUCUCUUUCUACGCAGCAGCGGGACACAAUAGAUCCGCUUUUGAAGGAGAAAUAGAGGUUUGGCUGAUGCAACAACUAAAUCUAGACGAAUACACGAUUAAUGAGUCCAUGUUCCUUCCUCCUGUGGAAUACGCGAUCACCCAACAAGAAGUUGCUAGCGAACCCACAUAA